AUGGGAAAUCCAGCUGAAGCAACCAAGUCCGCAGUGGAGAAAACUUGGAAAUCUUUUCCUCUGAAGAGGGAAAAGAGAGAUGAUGAACAAAUCCAUAAACUCUUUAUUGGUGGCUUGAGGUUGGAAACCACAGAAGUACGUCUGAGGAACUACUACCAGCAAUGGGGAAAACUUACAGACUGUGUGGUCCUGAGGGAUCCUGCCAGCCGAAGAUCAAGAGGUUUCGGUUUUGUCACCCUUUCAUCUGUGGCUGAGGUGGACUCUGCCAUGGCUGCCAGACCUCAUUCCAUUGAUGGCAGAGUGGUUGAGCCCAAAUGUGCUGCUGUCCCAAGAGAGGAAUCUGGACAGCAGAGAGCUCUCUGGACUCUGAAGAAGCUGUUUGUUGGUGACAUUCAGGAGGAUACCGAGGAACAUCAUCUUAGAGAUUACUUUGAGAAAUAUGGAAAAAUCAACACCAUUGAGAUCAUUGCUUGUAAGCUGUCUGGCAAGAAAAGAAGCUUUGGAUUUGUUACUUUUGAUGACCAAGAUUCUGUGGACAGGAUUGUGUGGCAGAAAUACCAUGCCAUCAAUGGUCAUCAGGCAGAAGUCGGAAAGGCUUUGUCAACAUGGGAAAUACAAGAAGUCCAAUGUUCUAGAAGUGGAAUAGGAGGCCAGUUUGGUUUUGGAGAUUGCUCUGGUGGUGGUGGCAAUUUUGGACCAGGGCCAGGACAAGGAAGUAACUUUCAGGGAGGAUCUUCUGGAGAUGGAAGUGGUCCUGGAUUUAAGGAUGGCUAUCCUGGGUAUGGAGGAGGACCUGGGAGUGGCAAUUUUGGAGGUGGCCCAGGUUAUGGAGGAGGCAGGGGAGGAGGAUGUGGUGGUAGAGGUCCUAGAUAUCGCAUCCAGGAUGGGGGCUCCAGGGAUGCUACUGGCAACAAUGGAAGAGGAAAUUAUGGAAGUGGAAAUGAGAAUUACAAGCAGCAACGUUCUAACUGUGGUCCAAUGAAGAAUGGACAGUUUGGUAGCAGGAACAGGGGGUCCCCAUAUGGUGGAGGAAACCAUGGUCCAGGAGGCAGUGGAAGAAGUGGGGGUUAUGGAGGCAGAAGGAGAUAUUGA